UUUUUCCAUCGCUCCCAGCCAACCAUCAUCUCAGUACUCAAGAUGCCAACUGACAAGCCCUCCCUCCAUCUCACCCUUGAGAAGCUAGAGUUUCGCGCUCCGAAUCAAGUAACAGACGACACCAGCGUACUAACCCUCAAAAAUCUCGUUCUUGAGCCACUUCUCCGCUGGACCCCCUCAUCCACCCCAACUCCAGCGUUAUUCUCCCACUGGACGCACACACCCGAUGGGCAGGAAUGGCGCUUUACCAUCCGUGCUGGGGCCCAAUUUCAUGAUGGAAAAGUCUGCGAAGCAAGCGACAUCAUCUCAUUCAUCGAUGCAAUCUUGACUUCCCGAGACACAUUCGGCAUGAGGUGGAGCUAUCACCGAUAUCUCAAAAAUGCCAGCAUCACGGCUGCGGAUACAGAAACAGUUGUGGUGCGAAACCUAAAUCCCUGCGCGUGGAUAUUAGAUGUCUUCACCGAAUUCUACAUUUGUCGCGUCGACGAGAACAAUCUUCCCAUAGUAGGAACAGGACGCUACAAAGUGCAACAUUAUGCGCCACACAAGAUUACUGAACUUCAAAGUAUCAGCAAUCACGAAAAAUACCACCGCAUCACCAUGACUGCGGAUCCCAACGCCGCAACUCGCCUCCACCAGCUCCGCAGCGGCGAAACAGACGCAGCACUAAACCUCGAGCGCUAUGAGGAGCUACAGCAUUUCGAUGAAGAGCUCCAAUGGAUCAAAGCAACAAAUACACUGUCCGUCAUGUACUACCUCAACUGCACAUCCGGGCUCUUCACCUCCCCAAAAGCCCGGUUAGCCAUCAAUCAUGCAGUCGAUACUACCCGCCUCGCACAAGAAGUCUUCUCCAACCUCGCGGAACCCUCAUCAACAAUCGCAAGCCCCUUCCAUCUCGGCGUGCAAGAAGCGCAACAUCAACCUAUCCCCUACGACCCUGUCAAAGCGCGCCGUCUACUUGAACAGUGCGAUGCCGCGCACCUCGAGAAACCGCUUCGUCUGCGUACACCAACGUACAUGCCCGAACGCGCGGAAGCAAUCUCGAGAUUUGUAGUGAAAGCGCUUGAAGAUGUAGGGUUGAAAGUCGUAGUUGACGUCGAGCACGAUCGGCCUGCGUACGCGCGACAAGUUGGCCUUGAGAAGAACAUUGGGGAUAUGGCGCUAUUUGAUUCAUCGCCGAAUAGCACGUUUCGGAUUCUUGAUGAUAAGAUUUCUAGUGUGGCGAAGGCAGUGUGGUGGCAGGGGUAUCAGAAUGACAAUGUGCAGAGCCUGAUGGAGGAGGCCAAUCGCCUCGUUGAGGGGGGCGAGAGGGCAGGAAAGUAUGCGCAAGUGGUUGAGGAGUUGCAGAGGGAUCCACCGUGGUUGUAUAUAGUGCAUCCUGUGAUUCUGGGGGCGGUGAGGAAGGGGGUUGAGGGGGUGAAUGUUGAUCAUCGUGGGGCGUUGGUGAUUGGAUGAGGAAUCUGUCGAGAUGGAGAUGGCAGAGAAACGGGAAUAUAUAUUCAAAUAUUGUCGGUCUAUUUCU